GCAUUAAUAAAUUAGUUAUCGAGCACAGGGUGACUUUCGUUAUCUGCACAACGACACCCACACCAUCGAUAGCACCGUCUAUCGGAGACAGUCUCAUCUCUAGCAGCACGGAACACGAGUAAAGGCUCAGCUCAGCCGACAGCUCGUUUGCCAAUUAAGGAUACACAUCCCUCCCGAAGGUGACGACAACGGCGCUUGCAUAAUGAAAAUCUGGACGUCGGAGCACAUAUUCAACCACCCGUGGGAGACGGUCACGCAGGCGGCGUGGCGCAAGUAUCCCAACCCGAUGACUCCUUCCAUUAUUGGCACGGACGUGGUCGAGCGCCGGGUGGUGGAUGGAGUGCUGCACACACACCGGCUGGUGCAGUCCAAGUGGUAUUUCCCCAAGUGGACGCACGCGCUGAUCGGCACGGCCAAGACAUGCUUCGCCAGCGAGCGCUCCACGGUGGACCCGGAGCGUAAGCAGAUGGUGCUUAAGACGAACAACCUCACAUUCUGCCGCAAUAUCAGCGUCGACGAAGUGCUCUACUACGAGCCGCAUCCAUCGGACGCCGGCAAGACGCUGCUCAAGCAGGAGGCCACAGUGACCGUCUUCGGCGUUCCGCUGUCCCACUAUAUGGAGGACCUGCUCACCUCGACAAUCAGCACCAACGCGGGCAAGGGUCGGCAGGGCCUAGAGUGGGUGAUUGGGCUGAUUAACACGGAAGUCAAGGGCAUCGCCCGCGGCACAGACGAACUGUUACACAGUACAAGGCGCUCCAUCGACGAGGUGACGGAGAGCGCCCGGAAAAGUAUGGACGAGAUCAGCGCGCAGGCUGCUAAGGCGGCGAAGGCGAUGCACAUAACAUAGGUGGCGACCAGGCAGUAGUGAAUUAUUUUAGAUGGCGCCCAGUCGCCAUUAUAGUACAACAAAGAACCGAUGGCGAGAUGGACUUCUAGCAACGCCUGAGACAUCAACAAUUACUUCUUUUCUCAAGCCAUUAAAUAUAUUUUAUACCAACUCUCUUUUGACCGACCCCGGCUAUCAGUCACGGCUGGUGGCUGUCGGCCGAUAAGAAUUUCCCCUAUCUGGCAGAAUUUGAAGAAACUCACGCUAAUGCUAGCACCUAUUUGUGCAAAUCAAUAUUCAUAAAGUACAUAGUCAAUGUAAGCUUUGUAAGCCGCCGCAGAAAUGGAAGAACGAGAAAGCAAUUAAACUAAAAAGUUGUCUGCAACCAGUCAGUUUCAAGAUCAAUUGUAUACUUUUACUUCAUAUAUACAUGCAUAUGUGUGUAUGUAAAUGUAGUGUGGGUCUGGCAGUAGAAUGACCGCCAAAUCUUAGAAUUGCAAUGAGUUCGAACAGCCUGUGUAAAAAUAAAACGCCAGAAUGCCCAUUCCA